ACACAGAAAGAAAGAAAGAAAGGGAGAGAAGAUUUUGAGGAUUUCUUUUUUGUUAAGUUUUUUCCUCUGUUUCUCGGACAAAUUAAAUUUUGCUCGGAAUUCUAGGAAACUACGAUACUUUUGUUCCGAAGAUCUUUCUUCAGCUUAAAACAUGGGUGGACUUUCCUUAAUGCCACUUCUUCAUUACGAAUAGUAUUAGCAUAGAUUCACGCCAAGAAUCCUAGAAGUAUGUGUAGCAAUACAAGCAGCAGCUGCGGUGGCGAUUUGGAGUGUGCCACCUCUGGUUCGAGGAAGCAAAAGAGGCAGAGGAUACCCAGAAGAGGACCGGGGGUGGCGGAGCUGGAGAAGAUUUUGAGAGAGCAAGAGAACAGAGAUGACAUGGACAAAGGGGUAAUGGGAGCGUUUCUUUCUUCUCCAACCUCUUUGCCUAAAAAAUUUUCAUUUCCUCAAGAUCAUAAGAAUUUCGGCCCCCCUCUGCCACCGGCAGUCACCGGCCUCCUUGGUACCGGUGCCGGAGAUGUUAAUGUCAAUGUUAAUGUUAGUGGUGAUAGAAAUAGUAGUUCACAGUUGGGAGGUGUCCAUACUGGUGGAUCGGGGAGAAUUUCACCGGAAAAUCAUUUGAGUACUCCACCUCUCCCACGGAUGUCCACCCAUUUCCGGAGCGGUGGUGGUGGUGUUAAUCUUAACAGUAAUGGCAAUGGUAAUUCAAAAUUAGUGGGUGAUGGUAGUAGUGGAGGUAACGGUGGCAGCAGACCCAUGGUUUUGCCCUGUGGUAGUGGGGACAAUGGUGGCGGCAGAGGCCAUGAUAGGGGCAGAUCGGCCAAUACGGAAAAUCAUCAUUUCAGUCCACCUUUUCCACCGGUGUACAGUAUGGGAAAUGGUAGCAAAGGUGUCUUUAUGGGGGGAUCAGGCACAGUUUUGCCUGUAAAGUUGUUCAUGCCAACAACGCCAACAAAUCGUGACUCCGAUGAGAGAAAGGUGGACAUGGAUUGUCGUAAAAUGGUUUCUGAUUUACCAUUUCCGGCGCAUUUUCUUGAUCAUAAUCAAAUGUUUCCUACUUCUCCGAGGCUACCAAAGAAACCUUCAACGAUGAACCUUUUCCCGAAUCCGCCAUUGUCGUCUUCAUCAUCCUCUUCGUCUACAGGAUUAUAUCAGCAUCAUGUAGAGCCCCCUUCAAACCAAAGGUCUUAUCAGAACUACACAGCUCAAUCGCCAGAGGAAGAUAUUAAGAUAGCAGGCACCAAGAGGCCGAGGCCUUUCCCCACUGUCUCUGAGAACCCUCCUUCAGCUGCUCCUUCUCCCUUUUGCGCCCAACAUCCAUCCCUACCCACUCUCAUGCAUAGACUAGACCCUUCAUAUUUGGUUGGUAAUCAUGGUGGCUUCAACCUUGGGACAACAUCAGCAUCAAGAGACCGAAUUCAAAGUAGCAUUUUGGAGCUUACUAUGACAAAGGGUAUGGCAGAUUAUGCAACAAAUGGUGGCAACAAUGGCAUCAUGUUUGGCUCUCCAACCACUCCUUCCCAGUCAGUGCAAACUUGCCAGCAGGAACUUUUCAAAGUCCAGCCGUUCCCUUCCCAAGAAUUGAUGAAGGAAAGAUGUGAGACCUCUUGGGCAUGCCAAAGGUCAAUAGCAGAUGGAUCAGGUCAGCGGAAGCCUUUCUAUUGCUUCUUACAGCCAGAAGAGGAGAUGGAGGCAGCAGAUACAAGGCUUAGUUUACAUGAGAGAUGUGAAACAAGAGAAGAUGAAAUUGAUCUCGACCUGAAGCUUUAGAAGUAGGUAAUGAAUCUUUAGAUUAUAUGCAGUUCUCUAAACAGCUAAGCAAAAUAGGCAUUCUAUCUAGCAAUGGUGGUGUACCCGGCUGGAGUGCUUCCUAGCGUUCUUGAUGAAGACUAGUAGUGUUCUAACCUCCUGUCUUCUUCUAAAUCCCACUUGAACAUGAUUCUUUACAUUGGUCUUUGUUUGAAGAUUAGAACUUGUAACAGAUAGUAAAAUAGCCUUUUUAGAGGCAGAACCGCUUUUGUGUAGAUCACUGCAACUGUAGUAU